ACUAAGGAGCUGGACCAGUGGAUCGAGCAGCUGAACGAGUGCAAGCAGCUCUCCGAGUCCCAGGUCAAGAGCCUCUGCGAGAAGGCUAAAGAAAUCCUGACAAAAGAAUCCAACGUGCAAGAGGUUCGAUGUCCAGUCACUGUGUGUGGAGAUGUGCAUGGACAAUUUCAUGACCUCAUGGAACUCUUUAGAAUUGGUGGUAAAUCACCAGAUACAAAUUACUUGUUUAUGGGAGACUAUGUGGACAGAGGAUAUUACUCAGUUGAAACAGUUACACUGCUUGUAGCUCUUAAGGUUCGUUACCGUGAACGUAUCACCAUACUCCGAGGGAACCAUGAGAGCAGACAGAUCACACAAGUUUAUGGUUUCUACGAUGAGUGUUUAAGAAAAUACGGAAAUGCAAACGUUUGGAAAUACUUCACAGACCUUUUUGACUAUCUUCCUCUCACUGCCUUGGUGGAUGGGCAGAUCUUCUGUCUACAUGGUGGUCUGUCGCCAUCCAUAGACACACUGGAUCACAUCCGAGCGCUUGAUCGCCUACAAGAAGUUCCUCAUGAGGGUCCAAUGUGUGACUUGCUGUGGUCAGAUCCAGAUGACCGUGGUGGAUGGGGGAUAUCUCCUCGAGGAGCUGGUUAUACCUUUGGCCAAGAUAUUUCUGAGACAUUUAAUCAUGCCAAUGGUCUCAUGUUGGUGUCCAGAGCUCACCAGCUGGUGAUGGAGGGAUAUAACUGGUGCCAUGACCGGAAUGUAGUAACAAUUUUCAGUGCUCCAAACUAUUGCUAUCGUUGUGGUAACCAAGCUGCAAUCAUGGAACUUGAUGAUACUCUUAAGUAUUCUUUCUUGCAGUUUGAUCCAGCACCCCGUAGAGGCGAGCCACAUGUCACUCGUCGUACCCCAGACUACUUCCUGUAAUGAAAAUUUAAACUUGUACAGUAUUGCCAUGAACCGUAUAUUGACCUAAUGGAAAUGGGAAGAGCAACAGUAACUCCAAAGUGUCAGAACAUAGUUAACAUUCAAAAAACUUGUUUUCACACGGACCAAAAGAUGUGCCAUAUAAAAAUACAAAGCCUCUUGUCAUCAACAGCCGUGACCACUUUAGAAUGAACCAGUUCAUUGCAUGCUGACGCGACAUUGUUGGUCAAGAAUCCAGUUUCUGGCAUAGCGCUAUUUGUAGUUACUUUUGCUUUCUUGAGAGACUGCAGAAAUAGGAUGUAAACAUUAACACCUGUGAGUCCAGUUGACUUCCACUUAGCUGUAGCUUACUCAGCAUGACUGUAGAUGAGGAUAGCAAACAAUCAUUGGAGCUUAAUGAACAUUUUUAAAUAAGUACCAAGGCCGCCCCUCUUGUUUUGUUUCUUUUCAGGGAUACCAUUUAAUUUAAUUGUAUGAUUUGUCUGCACUCAGUUUAUCCCUUCUCAAAUCUCAGCCCCACGUUGUUCUUUGUUAUUGUCAGAAAACCUGGUGAGUUGUUUUGAACAGAACUGUUUCCCUCCUGUAAGAUGAUGUUACUGCACAAGUCACCGCAGUGUUUUCAUAAUAAACUUGAGAACUGAGAAA